AUGGAUACCGAGAGUGACGCACCUCGUCGGUCACGUUCCCCCCUUCGCUCACGUAGGCGCUCAAGAUCACGGUCUCGCAGCCCCAGACACAAUCGUCAACGGCCAAGGUCUCGGUCCCGCUCUCGUGGCCGCGAGCGCUCACACUCUGAGGAAAGGCGUGAACGUCCUAAAGACAGGGAAAAGCACAGACACAAGCGUUCACGCUCAAGAUCAAGUUCUGUGUCAAGUUUGUCGGACACUGAUUCGGAGCGAAGGCGUCGUAAGAAGAAAGAUAAGCACCGCAGCCGUGAGGAGAAAAGGGAAAGAAGAAGAGAAAAGAAGGAAAAGAAAGUGAGUAAUCCUAAGAAUUAUAACCAUCAGCGAACCCGUUUCUCGCAGAAGAAAAGGCAUGGGACUGCCUCUGGUGCUCAGUGGGGUAAAUACGGAAUUAUCAACGAAACCGACUUCUACAACAAAACCCAAGAAUUCCGCACGUGGCUUCUGGAAGAGCGCAAAAUUAAUCCGGAGGCCAUAUCCAAGGACCAGGAGCGCAAAGAAUUCGCUGUUUUUAUUGAAGAUUAUAACACUGCAACCCUCCCUCACGAGAAAUAUUACCACAUGGAGGCAUACGAACGACGAAUGACGUCGUUGCGAGCCGGCGAGUUCGUUCCACCAGCAGAAGACUCCUAUGAUCCUGAGGCUGAUUUACGGGCUCACUCUUUACGACACAAGAAAGCACCUGCCGAGCACGAAAGUUAUCUGAGCAAGGAAGAGCUUAUGGAACUAAGGAAGGUUCAGAGUGAAAGAGUUGAGGUUGGGAAGAUGAAACUCUUGGGUAUGGAAGUAAAACAAAAUUUUGGGGUUCGGAUGGAUAGAACCAUGUUUGAUGAUUGA